UAUUUUCUAAUAAUCAUCACACCUCCGUAACCAUACCAAGCAAAGGGGUAGGCAGUUAAGUCCAGUAACUGCCUGCCUACAUCUUUCCACGAUCCCUGCAACGGCACCUAAUCCAUAUUCAGCUUGUCGGUUUAGGGUACUCUUGACCUGACCAGAAUAUUUCUGAUUUGAUCCAGCAAGUUCUUGUAGGCUUUCCACUUUCAACGGUCGCAUUUACAAUCACUUUUGUAGAAUCAUAUAACUUAAAAAAAUAUGACUGAUGAUAAUUUAUAUUUAUAUGUGAAAUAAAUGACAUUAUCAUUACAGCAUACAAACGCGUCUAACAUCGAGACGCGAAAACCUUGAGAGGAUACGUACAUUAUUUGCUUGUUGUUACUUCGCCUCUUCAUUAUACAACAUCGGCGCGCACGCCGGUUAGUUUCCCGCGGAUAUUAAGGAUCUUAGCAUCAUUACCGAUUUUGUGGCACCUUAAGUCUUAUUCGCGAGUCGAUUCUAAUUUGAUAUAUGAGAUAAAAUUUUAUUAGAUCCGUAGUUUAGUGAGCUACUGCUUUAUCAGAGGCCACCAAUAAGUGACAUUUGCUGGUACUGGACACAGCGGACAGAAAAAGAGGAACUUUGUGGAGGCGACACUCAGUAUAACUUCAAGAUACCCCCAUUUAGUCAGCCUGUAAUAUAUCUCAAGCAUGUUAUUAUGGAGAUUGGUUUCAUUGCUUGCUGCAAUGAUAGCUGUGGAUUCAUUGAGGGUGUAUUCAAGUUUCUGGGCGCCCCUGUUUGACCCGCGAAUACUGAACUACAGAGUGGACGCCCCGUUUUCGCCAGACGCGGGGAAAAAUGCAAGAAUGGCUUAUGAACAAAAAUAUGGUGCUAGAGGAGUGAAUUUGAUUGCUGAUUUAGGGAAUGGAAAAGGCCCUGGUGGAUAUAAAGAGAACAAGAAUCAUGAAGCAGUCCAUUUUUAUUACACAUACCCUGGAGCAAGGGAAGAGUAAUGUUCUAUCAAUGAUUUAACAAUAUGAAU